GUGACUCUUUUGAACAAAUAAUAGGGGGACGAGGCGUGCCAUGGCUGCUGUGUUGUUAUUGGGCAGCACGUCUUUCACAGCAUCCAUCCAACUCUUGGGACAGCUCAAUCCUGUCAUGUUCACCGGCCUGCUGCGGUUACAUCUGACUGUCCACUGCGCAUCUGGCCCGGGACACCUUCUACCAGAAACACACCGCUGAGGCCAGCAGAGAGAGCUGGACCAGGACCAGACUCUGUGGGCCACAGAAAGAAGCAGGAAGUGGGUGAAACUGUCUCGGGGUGGUUCAGAAAAAGGGUAAGCAGACUGAUCCCAGGCUCUUCUCGCCAACCAUGUCAAACGAACGCACCCCCCUGAUCACCUCAGGGGUAUGCGGUCUGGCUGUAACUGCAGUGGCGUGCGGCGCAGAGUCGGCCCCUGAAUCCGACUCCGGGACACCAAGUAAAGACCCUCGAAAACUGAAUACUUUUUUCGGGGUGAUGGUGCCGACCAUCCUCUCCAUGUUCAGCAUCGUGCUGUUCCUGAGAUCCGGGUUUGUGGUCGGUCACGCGGGGCUGUUACAGGGUCUUUUAAUGGUGAUUGUGGCCUACAUUAUUAUAUCUCUGACAAUACUGUCCAUCUGUGCCAUCUCCACUAACGGUGCCAUACAAGGUGGAGGAGCCUACUACAUGAUAAGUCGGUCUCUGGGCCCAGAGUUUGGAGGAAGCAUCGGUUUGAUGUUCUUCCUGGCCAAAGUGUGUGCAUGUGGAGAGUAUGUUCUUGGUCUUGUGGAGGCGAUACUUGACGUAUUCGGUGCAGAUCCUGAGUCAUCUGUGUCCGAGGGGGUGCGGGUGCUUCCUCAGGGUUACUGGUACAUUGUGCUGUACUCCUCCGUCAUCCUUCUGCUGUGUCUGCUCGUGUGUCUGGUGGGCGCCCACAUCUACUCCCGCACCGCCUUCGUCAUCCUGCUGGUAGUCACCGUAUCCUUGUUGUCCAUCUUCAUCAGCUCUGUGGCGGUCAAACCUCGUGAUUUCGUCAUCACCCACAAGGGAUCCGGCAACCAGACCCUCCGCUACAACACCAGCUACACAGGCUUCAACGUCACCACUCUGAGGAACAACCUGGGUUCUGGUUACUCUUUGGACUACAGCACCGACUCUGUCAUGUCUUUUGCCACGGUGUUUGCCGUCAUGUUCACCAGCUGCACCGGGAUUAUGGCCGGAGCCAACAUGUCAGGGGAGCUGAAGACUCCGAGUGUUUCCAUCCCUAAAGGCACCAUCGUAGCAGUCUUUUACACUUUCACAGUCUACGUCCUCCUCUUCAUCUUGGUCAGCGCCACAUGUGACAGGACCCUGUUGAUUCAGGAUUAUGGGUUCCUCCAGAGAAUAAACAUCUGGCCGCCGUUCGUCACCGUCGGGAUAUUUUGCGCUGCUCUGUCAGCUGCGAUGUGCGCUAUGAUCGGAGCGUCCCGUAUCCUCCACGCUCUCGCUCUGGAUCACCUCUUUGGUUUGCCUUUAGCUCCAGCUACCAUCACGUCAAGCUCAGGGAAUCCGUGGGUGGCGGUGCUGUACACCUGGGGUCUGGCGCAGUGUGUGGUGUUUGCAGGCCAGCUCAAUGCCGUAGCAGGUUUGGUGACUGUUUUCUACUUGCUUGCCUAUGCUGCGGUUGACCUGGCCUGUUUGGCUCUGGAGUGGGCGUCGGCACCAAAUUUCAGGCCGACCUUCCAGCUCUUCUCCUGGCACACCUGCCUGCUGGGCAUCCUGAGCUGUUUAGUGAUGAUGUUCGUCAUUAACCCAGUGUAUUCCUCGGGCAGCAUCGUCCUCCUGUUACUGCUGCUGCUUUUCCUCCACUACAGAUCGCCCACCAGCAGCUGGGGCUACAUUAGCCAGGCUCUCAUUUUCCACCAGGUGCGUAAGUAUCUACUGAUGCUGGACGUGAGGAAAGACCACGUGAAGUUCUGGAGGCCGCAGAUGUUGUUGAUGGUGGCCAACCCUCGCUCCUCCUGUCAGCUCAUCCUGUUCGUCAACCAGCUGAAGAAGGGAGGACUGUAUGUGUUGGGCCACGUGCAGCUGGGAGAUCUGGACUCCCUGCCAUCAGACCCGGUCCAGCAGCAGUACAACUUCUGGCUGAGUCUGGUUGAUAAACUCGGGGUGAAGGCCUUCGUAGACCUGACGCUCUCUCCCUCCGUCAGGCAGGGAACACAGCAUCUGCUGCGCAUCACAGGCCUAGGUGGCAUGAAGCCCAACACACUGAUUCUGGGUUUCUAUGACAGCUGCACUCCUGAGGACUUCUUCCUACAGGAUUCUGCGUUCUGUGACUCUUCGUUGGGACGAGAGAGUGAGGGGGAAUAUAAUUUUGGGGUUGAUUUGCCUUCAUUACAGGCCCAUUUCCCCCCAGUCCGACACGUCGAGAGCCCACGCUGGCUAUCACCAGAGGAGUAUGUAGGGAUAAUUUCUGAUGCUAUUAAAAUGAACAAGAACGUGUGCCUCGCCCGCUAUUUCUUCCAGUUAGAGGGAGAGGGUAAAGAUAGCAAGGAGGAUGGGUCGGAGCGGACAAUAGAUGUGUGGCCUCUCAACCUGCUCCAGCCAGGCAGCCGCGACUACGAGGACGUGUGCAGCCUCUUCCUGCUGCAGAUGGCCUGCGUGCUCAACAUGUCCAACAAAUGGCGCCACGCGAGAAUGAGAAUCUUCUUGAAUGUGGAAACCGAGUCCAGCGACCAGGGCUGGGUGGUUAACGAAGAGACGUUCCGAGAGCUGCUGAGGAAGCUGAGGAUCAGGGCGUCGAUAAAGAUUGUGCCGUGGGACUCGGUGGUGCAGCACCACGUUCAGCCAGACGGGGAGCCCCCCGCGGAGCCAACGCGAGCUCUGUCCGAGGACUUCCUGUCUGCAGUGAACUGUAUGUUGAUGGAGCACAGCUCACAAGCUGCUGUUCGCUUCCUGUAUUUACCUCGGCCUGCUGCUGACCGCAGCCAGUCGCAGCAGUACCUGGCUCAGGCAGAAGCAGUGACCAAUAGUUUGGGGCCAACGCUCCUGAUUCACGGAGUCACCCCAGUCACAUACACGGGUCUGUGAGCAUGUGCAAUCAUGAGCUUUGUUCAUUUAUAUUGUAGGGGCAGCAAAGUCUUAUCUGUGUAAGUUUAAACUCUGGUUACAUGUAAAAUUAACACAUAGUGCAAAGAAACGUGGAGGCUAUGGUGCAAUAUGUAGCACCUGUUACUAUACGUUCACCUAAUGCAGCUUUUUUUGUUGUUUCACUCGAGCGUGCAAAAGGACCACAGUCGAGUGUAUUUUUAAAAUAUGCCACUUUUUGCAUUCAAAUAGGAUUUUUUCCUAUUGACAUAUACUUGAACUGGCUUGGUGAUUGAGCCAAGAAAUGGGGGAACUUUUGUGGGUGUGAUUUAUGUUGUUAUAUAACCUCUUGUUUGUGUUCGCUUUAGGCCUAUCUUUUCACAUGAGACGGAAAUUAAAAAGUGUCAAAAAAUCAUCGUAAACAAAAACAAAUUUGUUUGGAGUAAUACGGGUUGUCUAGGACAUUGAAUAUAGAAAUGUCUAUAUAUAUAUAAUUUCAGGGAUGAAAUGAUGAAUUUGUGAUAACAAUUAACCACGGUAAAAACACAUUUUCCUGGUUCAGUUUUCUAGAUGGUAUUGUGUAAUUGUUUUUUUGUUUUUUUAACUCCUCUGCUUUCUUUUUCCUACAUUCUCAGAUUUCUGAUGGACCAAGUGAUCCAAUAUGUUUUGUUUCUGAGCUGAAUUCUUGUUUUCCAUGCAGUCAUGCAAACGUGUCUUCUUUUUGCUGUUAAAUAUGCAUCUCUAGUCUUCACAAAGGGAACCGUUUUCGUACAUUUGACCCCAGAAUGAUGAACAGCAUUUGUUGCUGUUGUAUGUGCAUUCUAAUCAAGUCUAGUUAGGACCAACGAUGAUUCAGACCAAAUCGAGAUUGAAACCAGAACAAGUUUUUUUACACAACAAUUUAUUUACAAAAUGCAGAAUUAAGUGUCACUGCUUUCUUGUCACGUUUUGUUUUAUAGUGUUACAGCACUCACAUGGACUUUUUAACAAAACACAAAUAGGAAGUUGCUGAAAAAGCUAUUUGCACGUCAUGUUCCAUCUUGAGUUGUCGUCAGUGAGAAAGCCUGAUAUGACUGACUCUUGUGUACUAAUGGUCAUUACUGUAGAUGUACAUAGAAAACUGCUGUUUGACAGAAAGGUGUAAAGAUAUGCCAAAUGUACUGUGUAUCACUAUCUUUGUAACUAAUAUUGUAAAAUCUUAACAGCAAAUAUAUGUAUUUAAAAGAUUGCUUAAA